AUGUCUCAGGCGACUAAUACCUCAGUGCCACCAGCCGCCACUGCUGCCGCUGCUCCAAAUGCUUCUAAAAAAUCAAAGAAGUCAAAGGAUAACUUCCAAUUGAAAACCCCAAAGGGUACUAAGGAUUGGUCUGGUAAGGACAUGAUUCUUAGAGAGUCCAUCUUCAAUUCUUUAUCAUCAUUGUUUAAACGUCACGGUGGUGUAACUAUUGAUACUCCAGUUUUUGAAUUGACUGAAAUUUUGACUGGGAAGUAUGGUGAAGAUUCCAAAUUGAUUUACAACUUGCAAGAUCAAGGUGGUGAAUUGGCUUCUUUGAGAUACGAUUUGACCGUUCCAUUUGCUAGAUUCGUGGCCAUGAACAAUGUUCAAAACAUCAAGAGAUACCACAUCGCCAAGGUAUAUAGAAGAGAUCAACCAGCGAUGACUAAAGGUAGAAUGAGAGAAUUCUACCAAUGUGAUUUUGAUGUUGCUGGGCAAUAUGACACCAUGGUCCCAGAUUCCGAAAUCUUGGCUAUUUUGGUUGAAGGUUUAACCGGUUUGGGUAUCAAGGAAUUCAAGAUCAAAAUCAACCACAGAAAGGUUUUGGACGGUAUCUUCAAAGUUUGUGGUGUCAAAGAUGAAGACGUUAGAAAGAUUAGUAGUGCCGUUGACAAAUUGGACAAAUCUCCAUGGGAAGCGGUCAAGAAAGAAAUGGUUGAAGAAAAGGGCCAAACAGAGGAAGUUGCUGAAAAAAUUGGUUCAUACGUUAAAUUGAAUGGUUCAAUUAGCGAAAUGGCCGAAAAAUUAGGUGCUGAUGAACUUUUGUUGAGUGACCCAUCUGCCAAGGAAGGUAUAGAAGAAAUGAAGAUUUUGGCCGAAUACACUGCUGCAUUUGAUAUUCACCAAUACUUAUCAUUUGAUUUAUCAUUGGCUAGAGGGUUAGAUUACUAUACUGGUUUGAUUUAUGAAGCCGUCACUGACGCUUCCAAAGCUCCUGAAAAUGCCCAAGAAUUGAAGAAGAAGGCCUCCAAGAAAGGUGAUGUCGAAGAUGCCUCCGAAUAUGUCGGUGUCGGUUCUAUUGCUGCCGGUGGUAGAUACGAUAACUUGGUUAACAUGUUUGCCUCCGCUACUGGUAAGAAGAACGUUUCCAUUCCUUGUGUCGGUAUUUCCUUUGGUGUUGAAAGAAUUUUCUCAUUAAUGAAGGCUAGAAAUGAUUUGAUGGAUAAAAUAAGAUCUAACUCCACCCAAGUUUACAUUAUGGCCUUUGGCGAUGGUUACUUAAGUGAAAGAAUGAAGAUCGCCAAGGAGUUAUGGGCUAAUGGUAUCGAAUGUGAGUACUUGUACAAAGCCAAAGCUAAGACUAGACCACAAUUCACUGGUGCCGAAAGAUCCGGCGCCCCAGUUGCUGUGAUUAUUGGUAAGGACGAAGUUGCUUCAGGUAAAGUGAGAAUCAAGAAGUUGAACCAAGGUGAAGAUGCCGACGAAGGUGAAUUGGUUGAUUUGAAGGAUGUUGCCACCGCUGUUAAGAGCCUUUUAACAAAACUUAAUGCUGGCUCUAGCGUUGAUGAAAUCGCUGCUAUGAUCAAAGGUUUAUAA